AGACACAUGCAUGUACACAUCAUUUUUAAAUAGUAAAAAUACAUCUUUUAAAAACUCUUAGUGAACAAAGUAAUGCAGAUGUAUUUCUCCUCUGCACACUCAGCCCAGACUUUCCUCUUUUCUCUUCUUCCUCUUCCUUUUGCUCAGUUUUAGGACUUCUGGAAAUGUAGCCAUACUUUAAACGAUAUGUUUAACCCUCGAUUGCUUUGUCUGUUUGCUUGAAGCAAUGUCUAUGACCCAGCUUCUCCAAUACAUGAGAGACAGGACACCUUCACUUCCUUCUACGCUUCGCAUCCUGUCUACCAACUCUAGUCAUUACGUUGUCAUUUCACAUUGUCAGUAUUUGAGGCACCCCCAAACACCCCUAGUCUGAGGUAAAUAGUAAGCUCUUCCUGCAUCUCAUUCAGCUUAAGAGCAACCUUGGCUCCUGUUUUGGGUGGUUCCCAGUUCUGUCUGCCAACUUCUCUACUUGUAUAAGCAGGAAGCACCCCCCCCCAUCUCCUUCACCAGCAGAACUUCCUGUGUUCAGAGUCCUCCCAGCCCCUCACAUCUCCAGAGGAUAUUGAGAGCUGCCCAGGGCCAGGCCUUCUGUCAUCCAUUCAGCAUGAAGUCCCCCAAUACGACCAACCUGCUGUCUCUCUGCUUGCCCCCAAGCUCACCCUGCAGCUGAGAAUCUCCUAAAACCAGGGCAAAUGGCACUGGGUUUGGAGGACCAGCAUAGCCAGUACCUCACAGUAUACUCUAGCAAACACAAUAGAGCCUUGUGAAUUUUAAUUUUCUGUUGAAGAUUGUAAAUCCUGAGGGGAAAAAGAGAAAGAAAGUUGCAUGCAUUGAUGGAUUGAUGGAUUGAACCAGACUGACUUUGUUCAAAGGAAUAAAAACCAUUCAGAUCACCUAAUUUAAAUUCCCCCAAUUAUAUAUAGUUGCACAAGCAAUACAUGAAUGAAUCUUUUCAGGUUAUCCUUACCGUACACAGUGAGAUGUCCACUACACCCCUUUGUGUGUCUGUACCCUCUCUGUUUCCAGCCCCAGGAUGUAUGCGACCUGUAUGCCCAUCCUACUAUGGUCUUCAGGACAGAGUGAUAUUACAGUACUUGAGUUCAGAUGCUAGAAAUCACAGGGUAGAUAGCUGCUGGCAUGGGAUCGACACCUGACUUUUACAUUAAGAAAAAUGGAGAUAAAUGUAGUAAAGGAAGAGAAAAGGCUACUGUGUAAGUUCAUACCAUUGGCAGUUACAGAAAAAGAGAAAGAAGAAAAGAAGAGGUGAGAGAGGAAGGAGAGUAGAAAUAAAACACAGCAGGGAUGAGAGAGACACAUGGGUAAAGGUGAGAGAAGAAUGGAGAGAGGGUAACAGGAAGGAGAGCUUCCCAGAUCUCAAGCAAGCAUGUGGCUCUCUGGCUCACUUAAUGUUUAGGUAAUUCUCUGUAAGUGUCACCCAUUUGGAGUUGGCGUAGCCUUCAUUCUCCAGGAACUCCACACAGCAAAUCAAAGUCGCAGCAGCCUGCCCUGUGCUUGUGUGGUGGCCAGAAUACAGUUCCCAUCAGACAGACCAGCCCUGUAGCUGAAGCCAAAUGGGAAUUGCAUGAAGGACGAUAGCUUCAUCCUCAGUGGACGCUGGAGCUGGUCACUUGGGGCUUUCAUACAUGCAGAGUAAUGUGCCCACUUCUUGAGUUAAAGGCAGGAUUUGAACCACAAAACUGAAUUUUUUUACAGUGUUACCAUACAAAGUGAAUUUCACCUCUGUGAAACUCAUCUUUUAUAUCUGCAAAAUGGAUGGUAAGUUAUUGUCUCACACGGGUGUCAUGAGAUGCAAUGUGAGAGGGUGUGCCCUGAGCAUGGAAUAAUGGGCACUAAAUGUCACCUCUGAAUCUGAGCAAUGACUAUCUCCAUAAGAUCCCAAGUCAUCCAAUUGAAGGCAGAAAAAGCAGCUGGCACCUAGCAGAAGAGGGGUGCAAGACAGCAAUGCCAAGGCCAGAGGAAAGGGCCUUAGAGGAUUUACAAGAGAGAGAAUGUGACUGUAUUCUAGUAGGUACAUUUACUGAGCUUUUCCUGUGUGUCAAGCAAUAUUUUAAAAUACAUUAUACAUUUCAUAGAGCGAUGCCUUCAUAUCUUCAGGGGAUUGUGUCUGAGACCCCCAUGGAUAUCAAAGCCCUUAGGUACUCAGAUCCCUUUUGUAAAAUGGUGCUGGGUUCGCACAAAGCCUCCUCACAGCCUCCUGUGCGCUUUGAAGCAUCUCUAGAUGACUGAUAAUCUUAUACAAUGUGAGUGCUAUAGAAAUAAUUAUUUCAUUGUGUUGCUCAGGGAACAACACUGGGAAACAUGUCUGUACAUUCUUGGAGCAGAUGCUUGCAUUUUUUUUCAGAUAAUCUUGAUCUGUGAUUGGCUGAACUACGGAGGCCUGUUACCUCAUUGGAUCCUCGUGACCAUAAAGUGAACACCAUCACUUCCCACAUUUCACACACGAAGCACCAAGAAAUGAAGCCACAGGCUUAGGGCCACACAAUUGAGGAGGCAGGAAGCUGGGACUCAAACUUAGGGAUUGGGUCGCAGAGCUCAGCCUUUCUCAAAAGAAGUACAGUGACAGGUUUAACAAAAACCUAGUCCCCACGUCAGGGCAGGAAUGAGAUUAAAGUCCCUAAGAAGAAUAUGACUGAGCUAGAGCUGAGCUGUUGGAGCACCUUGCUGUGGGGACUUCAUGUUGGUUUGACAUGUACAUGUCACUGUCUGUUCUGCUCAAUGGCUGUGUUCCUUGAAGGAAACCUGCAAGCCCACUUUAUCCUGUAGACAGAGGGAGCAGCUAACUCGGAAGACUCAUGAAUGCAACCCAACACAUAGCAGGUGGUCUUUAAGUGCUGAAUGAAUGAAUGAAUGAAUGAAUGAAUGAAUGAGCGAGCAAAUAACUAGUGAGUGGUUAGACUGUAUGGGAUUUAUCACCAAAACUUUCUUUUAUAACUUUGGGUGAAUUUGGUCACCAAUAAAAGCGCCUAUACCCACACCAUACACAUACCUCUUCAUCAUAUCUACCAGGCUUUUGCUCUCAUUCUCCAAAGCCUGAAUCCUUAACCCUCUCUACUCCCUCCCUGAUAUACAUCCUAAAUAUUUACCAAGAGGGCAUGUUAGAGACAGAGACUUUCACCUUAGUACCAGCCGCCAGGCACUUUGGCAUCACUUUACAACCAUAACAUGAGCAGGUUGACUUAAAUUGGUGUUUUCAGGGUUAUGGUCCUCAGAUCCCCCUUUAGGGCCACUGUUUAAUAAAUGGGGAAGGAAAGCCCCAUUUCCAACAUUCCUCUUUACCCCACCCCUCUCUUUCACAUACUGAGCUCCCACGCAUGAUUUCCUUCCAUGAAAGAAUUCCUUACCUUUAUAUGAGCUUGAAAACUAAUGAAUGAAAUGUGAGGUGUGUCCAGCCCUAAGAUCUUCAUGAUCCCAUAAUUCUCCUUUAUUGAUGUAAGAAGAUGCAUGGCAUUCUUUGUCUCAAGGUAAUCAGAAAUAAUGUGGCCCAGGGAUAUAGCAUUUCUCCAUGGCACCAUCACAAUUACAAAUGCCAGGCAGGAUUCUUUUAUGGGUACAUCCUAGGGUUUAUGCAGUGGGCCCAGGUCUUAACCCCUGUAAUAUAAGUCAGAAACAGACACAAAAUGAAGAACUAGUGAGGCAGACUUCUGCUCCCCUGAUUUUUAUAGUCUAAACAAGUAAAAGAGGAACUGAAAACCCAAAAGGAGACCCUCAAGCUUCCUGUGUGGACAAGGUAUGUUUCAUAGAAUGCUUAAAAAGUAUGGAAAUUAUUCGAUGUUACAUAAAUAACCCUAGAACAAGAAUUUAAGAAAAAAACAGAUUUAGACUGAGCUCUGCCAUCUGUCACGAGUGACUUUCUCCUCUGUGAAUGGGGCAAUAGGGCCCACCUUCAGUAUAUUGGAAGAUUUAGUUGGAAUACAUUGUGUGAAACCUUGACUGAAUCAUAGAGCUGUCUACAAAGUAUCCACGAGGACACAAAAAGAAGGAUGACUGUCUACAAAGUAUCCACGAGGACACAAAAAGGAUGACUGUCUACAAAGUAUCCACGAGGACACAAAAAGAAGGAUGACUGUCUACAAAGUAUCCACGAGGACACAAAAAGAAGGAUGACUUGCCCACAUCACUGUCAAGCUGUCUUCCAGUGGCCAUUGUCAUCACAUGGCCCAUGGGCAGCCGGUGGGCACAACCAGACUGGCUCAGCAUUGCCAGAGUCUGAGAGACCCCUAGCAGCCAGAGAACCAGUGCCCCCACCUCCCAGUCUCUUCUUCAGCUCCCCAAAUUGGCCCCCAGGCACCAGUGUGCAGGGGCGAGGCCCUGGAGGGGGCGCUGGAAUGCCACAAGACCUCACUCUCAGGAAUUCAAUAUAGAAAACACAUUAAGACCUGUUUACAUGGAACUGCUGUUUAUAAUUAUUGUUCCCUAUGGGAUAUUCCCCCACUGCUUCCUCCAAUCCUGCUUUAAACUGCUCAACUAAUAGAGCUUUCCUGGCUUCCCUGGGGAGGCAUUCACAGACGCUAAUAGAGCCAUAAUUCAAAAAUUGCUUGAUAUACAUGCCCUCAAUUUUCCCCAAGAACCACCUAAGUGAAGAUCCCCAAGCAUGCAGCUCGCUUAUUGGCCAGAGGCAAAUAAACAUGCCUGGCAUUAAAUAUACAGCCUCCUGUUCUUCCAGGGCCCCACCAAGCCACAACAGUUACCACGCUUUAUUCUAAGAGAUCCCUCUGCCACCAAGUGCAACUGGGAAGAAGCCAGCUGCUGGAUGGAGCCUCCAGAGGCCCCUGGAGUCUGCAGACCUUUCCCAAAACAUUUCAGAUAGAGCAAGGGGGUCAGACCAAACACCUUCCAUGCCCUGGAGAAGCAGGGUCUCUAUUCUUUGCAGCUCCAGAGAGAAUGACUUCAUCUUUCUAAUGCAUAAAGAAGAUGGCAGGAAGAGAAGCACGUCACAAUGUUACAUCAAUACAACACCCCAUUGCAUAAGCACCACCACCACACACAAUUACUAAAAUUGUGAUCCGCCUUCAGACCCCAGGGUGAAGAGUUACUCUGGUGAGUGCCUGCAUCACUUUAGCUUUCUGAGAGCUGUCUUAUCAAAUGGCAAGAUGGAAGUACCACAUCACCACCCGGGAUCAUUGGGGCAGUAAAGGGAGAUUCGUAAGCACAAACUCAUCUAAUUUAUCUUUACAGGCAGCUAUUCGUAAAUAUCCUUCUGUCUUUUCUGCUAACAUCCGAAUGUGGUGGGAAUGGACUCUUUUAUAGGCUUGUUAACAAAUGUGUGAGUGUUGUGCAGUCCUAAACAUGCUAAAAUUAGAUGAUUAGGAGAAGUAAAUUAGUACCAAUUAAAAUAAGGUUGACUUCCUCAAAAUGAAUACAUUUAACGAAACUUGCUAUCUUGAGAGGAAAUUCAUAUAAAUUGAAAAUAGCAUAGGUUCAAAUGACUUUAGAGACCAUUCUUGAGACAGGAUUCAUAACUGAUUAAUAAACUAAAAUGAGAGAGAGAGCCAAACCACACUGCUAAAGUAGAAACCCAGUAUCCUCCUGGGCUCUGUGACAGAAGGAAGUGAGGACUCAGAAAAUGAAGUCCCUACCCCAGAAUUGGGGCUUGGAUCCCAGAUCCCAGGUUUCCCAUCCCACUCCUCUGUCUGCUCACUCACUCCCACUGGUCAGUGCUCUUUGCAUUGUUGACAUUCUUAGGAACAGGAUAGCCGACCUACACAUCAUUUUAUCUUGUUGAUGGAGCCAGAUUGGCACCUAGGGUGACCCCAAAUGUCUACACGGUCUAGCAUCCCACCUUUCUUUGCACAUAGGAAGACUAGAGGGGUGGGAAAGGAGCCACAACCUACUGCCCACCCUCUGGGUACCAUGCUCUGGAAACAAGUACCUGGUUUCUCACAUCCAUGGCAUCCCCUGGAAGGCCCCGAUGAAUGAGUGUCCUUUACAGAUGAGGCAAUGUCACUAGUGAAAGCUCAUGGAAGCUACAUGGCAGUGUGUGACAGGGAGGAGAUUCAUCAUUCCAGUUCUUGGAUUCGGCAGCCGGCUCUCUCCAUUUUCUCUACCUUUCUUGAUGCAAAACACCUGACCCCAAGAAGCUCAAUCAUCCUGAACUCACACACCGACACAAUUGAGCCUCCAUUGAUGUAUAAAUGAAAUUUCCCUUUGUAAAUACAUGGGAAACCCUCUUAAGUCCCCCUUCCAUGGCUACAUUACAGUGGCAGACACUUUUCUAUCCGGAGGAAGGAUUAGGAGACAUACAGGUAGGACCUAUAAAGGUCCUAGAGGAAAACAAGAAGUAAAAUGCGGGCUCACAGGAAAACACGAAGAAGUAACUUGUUGGUCUUGGGUCUUUCAUCCCUGUGGCUUUUGCACACUGCCCUUGCAGGAACCACAGUCAAAAGCACCCCAGCCUACUGAAAAGCAACCCUAGCCGACUGCUGAAGCUCAGACGCCUCAGACAGAUCAGGAACAAAUGGGAACCUGCCUGUCAUCCAUCCAGGAUGACAGAUGCUAUUGCUAGAAGAUGGGAAGAAGGCUGAAGUGCUCUCAACCAAAGACUUCAAUUUAUCUUCUGGGCCAUUUUAAUCGGCAGUCUCAUGUCACAGCUGCACACUUUUUCAGGAGUAAUUAGAGUGCUAAUCUGUAAGGAAGAUGUCUAUUAAGAAUAAAUUAAUAAUAGCUAGUGCAUUUUGGCUGGGAGUCUUGAGUGAUAUGGCCAGCCUAUAAAAAUUCAUGUGUUUUUAAUGAGCCUGAGACAUGUUUCUCAAUGAACCACAGAUGGUUUGUUUUUAGUAUCCUACCAUCCUAGUUGGCUUCUUUGAUGCUGGGAAAGGGUUUAUUUUGUUUACAGGUUCCAGUCCAUCAUCGAAAGAGGCCAAGACAGGCACUAAAGCAGAGACUGUGGAGGAGCACUGCUCACUGGCUUGCUUCCUCUGGCUUACUCAGCUACCUUUCUUACAUAUCCCAGGCCUACCUGCCCAGGGAUGGAACUGCUCACAGUGGCCUGGGGCCUCCUGCAUCCAUGAACAAUUAGAAAAUGCCUCACAGACAUGGCAGAGGCCGAUCUGAUGGAGGCAAUUGUUUUAAUUGACCUUCCCUCUUCCCAGGUACAUUAAAUUGACUAAUGCUAACUAUAACACCUAUAUAAAGACAUUAUGGGCAUGUAUAUUUUAAGUGGUGAAACAGAACUAGAGCAGGUCUUGCUUGGGGAACCAAGCUCUUUCUAAUCUUCAAAGUUCACUCCAUCAUCCUUUGCUCCACAGAGAAGGAAUUGGGGUGGUAGUGGCACUCUUGUACAGCACACCAGUGAUUCCCCACAUCUUCUCCCUGGGCUGAUGGAAGCAAUAGUACAUAAGCCCAACAACUAAUAACCAAGCUUUCACAACAGAGGAAUUACAAAACAACCCUCAUAAAGUUGGUGAAUGUAGGGUAGGAAAUGCCUUUGAUGCCAUACUUUCCACUGGGAGAGUCCUUCGAGAUUUAUUCCCUCUCCCCUUCAUACUCAGAAGCAUGAAGAGCACGUGAAGUGCUUACAGUAUAGGUCUGUUCAUAAACUGCAGCAGUGCAGGGCUCCAGAAAGCACCAUUCAAAUGUGGCCUGGAGCCCUGGAAGUGUGGGACGCAGUGGGAUAUACCCAGAGACCUGGAAACAGCCCAACGGACAGGGAAGGCGAGCAGGCACCAGAUGGAGACAAGAGCUUGUGUGACAGUGUGCAAGUGUCCAUCAGGGAGUCAAACUGUAGAAGCAGUCAGUCCAGAGUGGGGGAGGGGAAAGAGGAGUUAUGUAGAAAGGUGACAUGAGUAGGAAAGACGGAACCUGGAAGUUAAGCAGAUCAUAAAGGAGCUUGAAUGCUGUAUUCAAAAGUGUAGCCUUUUCUCUUCUGGCAGUGGGAACCAUAGACAGCUUUAAAGUGAAGGCAUGAUCAGAUAUCUCCCCCUUAAAUGCAUCUUAUUUCCUUCUGCCCUUAGGCAUCUGCACAGAAUCCUCCUGCCCCUGUCUCACAUGCAUGAAUUCAGAUGCGUGCGCACACGCACACACACACACACACACACACACACACACACACACACACACACACACACACACACACACACACACACACACACGCACACCCUUCCCAUCGACUAAGCCCCAUUCCUUUGAAUUCCAUCCCCAUCCUCACUUCCUUAGGAAAGCCUCCCCUACAUGUCUACACUUCCCCCUGAGCCUGGCCACUCCCACCUCAGUGCCAACACACCCUCCUGCAGUACUUCCCAAAGCUGGAACUCUUCACACUUGGGAUCCUCACAUCUGGGAUCUUCUUCAUACCUGGGAUCUUCACACCUGGGAUUCUUAGGUUCUCUCCCUCAUGUACCAAGUCAUAGUCUCUGGGGACAAGACUAUGCCUGUCAUGACUCACCAAUGCCUAUCAAUGGGCCUGGCACUUACUAGGUACUCCACAGUUAUCUGCUUUUUAUUGGCUCCAAAAGACCCUUCUACAUGUUCACAUAGGGAGCCUACCUAUUGGCAGGGUUCAACCUACAAGCUGGAGGCUGGUACACUACAGGAGUCUUAGGGAGAGAUGCCAGGUCCUUGGAAUUGACUCUUAAAAAGGUUAACUCCAAUGCUGGAGUCAGGAGACAUCAAAAAAGACAUUUUGAGUCUGUAUGGCUGGUGGUAGAGCCUAAUGGUCUAAUGCAUGCAGGAAUGCCAACCUUGGGUUGCAACUGUGCCAUGGCCAUCUUUCUAAUCCCCAUAGCUCCUGACAUGGCACUUGACAUUCAGAAGGCACUCCAUGAGUGCAGUUGGAGAGUGAACACAAAGCUCUGGGGAGCCUUGGUCUCCAGAGAAUCUGCUUCAGCUCACACAGCAGGCCCAGGCAGGGAGCUUCUCCCAUGGCCUCGGGACCAACCAGCUUUUACAAAUUAUCAACAUCUCCCCAUUAGCUGUUGCAAUAUUAAAUUGUGUGACUGGAAAUGAAUGAAUAAUCCCACGGGCAAGUGAGAAAGACCAAGCGGCAGGAUUUAAUAACAAGUCCUGCCCUCUCUCCAAGCAGAAGGUCUCCCUAAUUAAAUAUUAAAAAUCUAUCCACAUAGCCAGAGCCAAAAAAAAAAUUGCUUUUUCAGCAGCGUGGCUGGGAGUCACCGCCUCCAAAGACCCAGGUACUGUGAGAAUGACCUCUCGGGGACCAGCCAGGGUACCAAGAACAAUUGCAGGGUGAACAGACACUGGCAUUGCUCAGGUUGUCCCAUCUUGCUAUGUUUCAUCCUUGUGAGGACUAUAAGCCAUGAAUUACAUCACAUCCAAAGUCUGUCUGAAUAAACUGAGGCUUGGGGUGGGGCAGUGACUACCACAAGGCCACGUGGCAUCUAGUGAUAAUGUUUGCAUUUAAAUUGUUAUUUGUGGUUAUGAAAUUUAUCCAGUGAAUGCAGCAGUUAGGAAUGUGGACUGCAGCAUCAGGCUGUUCUGAGUUUGAGUCCAGCUCUCCUGAUUGCUGUGUAGCUUUAGGCAGAUCAACCUCAACCCUAAGUCUCAGGUUUUUAAUGAGUGGGCGCAUAUCACUCACAGGGUUUCAGGAGGUGGCAUGAGACAGCCACCACUGGAAUGUUAGUUACUAUAGUGAUGAGAAUGCCUUCCUAUCAAUACUUCAACUGCAAUCCCCGCUGUCCCAGGAAGUCCUCCUGUGAGUCAAGUUCCCUACUUGGUCCACUGCCGCUAGCCAGGCUGGGUUCUCAAGGCAGAGAAGUAUUAGUAGCUGGGUAACACUUACUAACUAAAUACCCUAUGCCUAUGGCACCUCUGCUUAUUGUUUCAUUUAAGUAUCAUAAGAGUCGGGAAAAGUGGAGAUUAGUCACACCCUUUCCCAGAUGUUGAAGUGCUGACUGAUAAAGAAACAGGUGGCCUAGGCUACAUGAGAGAGGACCUCUAAGCCAGAGGCUCUGCCCUUAUUCCCACCCUGCCUUGGAGAAGUGCAGCAGGCUCAGGGAUCCAUCCCAUCCCUUGAGGGUUUCUGUGGGCUGAGGAACUCUGUACAUUUGCCUUUGAAGUUCCUAAGCAAUGGCUCUUAUGGGUCUCUUCAUUUUAGAAAUCCAAAGUCAUGGACAGAAGACUUAGAAAACACACCUAAGCAAGAAAGAAGGUAACAGUCAUCUGUAACCCCAAUUCUCAGAGAUAACCAUUCCUACAAGGUGCCUGUAUAAUAUCUUAGCGAGAAGAAAUAGAGCAAUGCAAGAUUUGUGAUACAAUAUGAUGCGAUAGAUACACAGAGAGAGGAGACACGUUUCCUGUUUCACAACAUCUGCAAAGCACUGCCCAUGUCUCUGAACCUGUUUCCUUGCUUCAUACUUUUUUUGAGUUUGCUUCAAUAAAAAUCACAUCUUUUUCUCGUGUUUAAUCUUUUCCUUUUAAUUACAACUAUCAAGACCUGUUUCCCCCUGCAGGGUCAUGAGGUAACUAAAGUGAAAAUAAAGGAGGAAGUUACUGAUCAGCUAGAAAAAAAAUUUCUGCAGUCCUGGGAGAUGUUUUUCCAGCCUUAUAAUAUUCUCAGUGCCAUGAAGCCAGGUCUCCAGCUAAGCCUGAAUCAGCCUUUGGCAUUCUAAAGAGGAAUUAUCAAGCCCUUUGGUGUUCUAGCUGAAACCUCAGAUAUCUCAGAUUGUAGCUUUUAUUAACUGAGAGGAGGAAAUGGAUGUUCUUUCCCUUGCCCUCACUUGCAGAGAGCUGGGACCUAGUGGGAGGCCUCGGACCUGUGUGAUUCAUCGGGGCCCUCUGCUGCAGUGAGCCAGCAAAGGGGGGGGGGGGCAAAGCCCUCAGGCAGAGAGCUAGCCUGGAAAAAUCAUCUCUAUGAAGUGCCAGCCAAUGGGGAGGGGCGGUGUAAUCCUGGUUCUCCUAUGACUGACAUCAGACCUCACAGGGUGAUUAAUAUUAUAAUUCAUGGCUCUCAGCUGGCUUCUCACAGCACACAUAGACCCACCCUGGUCUUUCUUUGCCUUUGCUAGACUGCAGCUGCUAGACUUUCAACGUGGCUCCUAGGUGCAGGACAAGGUAGAACAGGGCUGUCUUGCUCUCUGGACCUCCUUUUCCUUUAAAACACAUCUCACCUCACCCCAUUCCUGACACACCAGCUACCUUUCAUCUCCUACAGUAAGUCUGUCCCUGCUUCUUAAGUCUAUCCACCAACAAUGUCCUUCUUUCCUCCUCACCUGGCCUUCCCUAUCCUCUACAUCAGGGAUACUACAGAGUAUUUCCACCAGGAAACUGAGACCUCCCUGGGGCAAGAAGCGUUCUUGGGUAGACUCAUAGGACAUAAGUCAGGGCCACAAGGGACACACAUUACUCCUGUUCACAUUUGACUGGCUAUUGCCAGUCACAGGAACAGGGAGUACAUGGAAGAGGGGACCCAGGAGAUGAUGGUGAUGAGCAACAGUGACCACCACACAGUGUCAUGUUUUGAAAAAUAUUAUUUUAUUCAAUAAAACCACCAUAGUUCAGAAGUCCCAAAUCCAUCUUCCCAUGGACUUUACCUAUUAUCCUCUCACGAGAGAGAGAGAGAGAGAGAGAGAGAGAGAGAGAGAGAGAGAGAGGUGUUGUUUUCAACAAAAUAAUUACAAUUCUCAAUGCAAUUCAUACCCAUGGCUUAAAAAAUGUAGUCAAACAGGGCCAACACAGUGGCUCGGGAGAACUUGGUGCCAAGCCUCCUCAUGACCCGAGUUUGAUCCCUGAGACCCACACAGUGCAAGAAGAGAAAUGACACCCAAAAGUUGUCCUCUGACUUUAAUACACACAGCAUGGCAUGCGGGUACUAGGGUAUACACACAUACGCACACACAGGAAAAUCAAUAAUAAAUCAGAAUGAAGGGAAAGACGUGUCUCCACUCCAGCCUCAGAAUCCUAAGAUGUGGUCUCCAUGAAGAAGGACUGUGGAGCUUGAGGCACAGGUGCAGGCUGGGAGCACUAGUGAGUUCUUGUGCUGAGCAUGACUUGCCGCUGUCACUUGUACGUAAGGCUUCGUUUUCAAAGAUGCUUCUAAUCCAAGUUUUCAAAGAUGCUUCUAAUCCAACUGAAGCUUUAUAGUGAGCUUCCUUGAGGCCUAAACGCUAAGAGGCCCUGCUGCCUUCCUGUGAGGCAUUCAGAAGGGUUGAUAAUUUGAAGGCAGAACUCUGGAAAGUUCCCUUAAAGCAUCGCACCAGGACCAGAGGUUACUACUACCUACCACUAGGUAGAUUAAACAGCUUCAGAGCCCUGUGACCUGCUAAUGUAUUCACAGCUUCACAUGGCUAAUUAAUCCAGGCUCAUCCAUCCUCAUCAACUACAAAAGGCUUCCAGCCAGCCCUCCCACUUCCUCCCUGGUUGCUCAUGUUGUGUGAGCUCUCCCCAGGUCUCAGCCAACUCACAACCCAGCAAAGACAUUCAGUAGGAAGCUAAGCCCCAGAGCUUUGCCUCCAAGUGGGGAGGACACUAGAGCAGUACCUUCUAGAUGCCAGGUUUUUCUCUGCAAAGGUCCCCUUGACCUUCACAGACCAGAGCCUGAGGUCCCUGUGAUCUGUCUGCUGCUGUACCCUCUGAAUUUGAGAAGGCAGAAGUAGUUGCUCAAAUUCUGCUGAGCUGGGAUUCCAGCCUGGCUAUAUCUAACCACAAAGUUCCUGUCUUUUUCUACUUGCUUAUGGCCACCAAGCUGCCGCCCUGCCUUCUGUGACUACCCUAUAUAAAACAGUGCUCCCAAGACCUGUUUCUCUCUGGUCUUGUAACACAAUUUAUCUUCAUUUGGAGCUCCAAUACUACAUCUGGGCCUGAUGGCCACUGCUUUUAUUUCAUAAUGUCUAGAUGACAUCUACUAGAGACUUAGAAAUUGUUUGGUGAAUGGAUGAAUUAAUGAUGCCAUCCUUUUCAACGCUGAAUUGCCAUAAAGAUGUAUCUUAAGUUUCAUCUUCUGUGCCAAAGAGUCAAUGAAUGAUCUUGGGCAAAUCCAGUUCCCUUCUAGGACCCCAGUUUGCAAAUACAGAAAAUAUAGACAUCAGAAUAAAAGCAUAUCUCCACAGUUAGAAUGUCCUGUGUCUUAGACACAUCAACUGAAGUCAAGGCUGCUUUGAUAAUCAGAAGAGAGAAACAAAGGCAGAAAUUCUAGAUGGAUGGCAGGAGCGAGGGGUGGGGGAGGGCAUGGGAAGUGGAAUCUUGGAACUGAGAUCUCCCUUCCUGCUAUCUGGUCCCCAACUUGUGGAGGCAGAUACAACCACAGAUGCAGGCAAGUGGACCCAACAGACUCUGGGUGUGGCUCCAAAGCAUGUGACCAUCGAGUAGCUUUUGAGAUUUGUCUCUGCCCUCCACUCGUCACCUGGGAUAUCUCGGAUUCUGUGUCUCCAAAUGAAAUGGGAAUGAAAAUACUUAGCUGAUAAAAAACGAUGACUAGGUAAUGAUGAUAUUGAAAAGCUACAGGGGGUUAAAUGGAAUGUUGUAAACAAAGCACCCAGAAUGCUCAGCAUAUAAAUAGCCUCUUUCCUCGCUGAGCCUCAGUUUCCUCCUUGGGUCUUUGAUAUGUGUGACAUAAUCUGUUAGAAGCACACAUCUAAAGUCAUGAUCUGAGUCUGUCCAAGACAUCCUGAAUCUUCUGUGUUGGUAGGGACCCCAAAAAGAUGAAAUUUGGUAAUGUGUCUGGACUGUCACAGACACCUAAAAGUUUCUUGGAAAAACAGAGUGUAGGGCAGAGGAGAGGCGCUGUUGGAUAGGGACUGCAGCUUUGCACAGGAAGUGUGAAUGAGUCACAGUGAAUAACUGCCCCCUGUCCUUCCUGUCGAAGGGGUAAUGGGGUGGUAGGGACUGUAGUUUACCAGAGAGUGCAUGCUCUGGCCACACUGGGCUGCUGUCCUCUGCUGCCUGUGCUGCCACAUGGAAAUGGGGACCCAGUAUGGACACCAUUCCUAGGGAAGCCAACAUCCCAAUUUUUGCCUGAAAUAAAUGGUGAAAUUCACAUUUAAAAGAAGUGCGACAAUGAUGAUACUCUGGAAUACUAACUAUGAUUUGUGAGCUAAACUGUCAAAUUACAGGAUUAGCCAUUCAGUUAACACAACACUCUUAAUCUAUUUCCUGCCGCACUCCUGUAGCGCUACACACAACACACAUUGAGUACUUGCUAAGUACUCCAGUCAGGUUUCGAGGGUGGGAGGGAAUGGUGUCAGCUGGUGAUGCACUCUAAUAGAGACAGGUUUUCAUGCAGCUUGCUUCCAAAGCUGUUGCAGAGGACCCCUAUAGGUUUGUGGGGAGUCACCCUUGAAGGUAAACAGGAUCUCAGUGUAGACCUUUCUAUACUAGGGUGAAUUUGGGCUUUGCCUGAAGUUACCUCAGUAGGCAAGUAGUGGGUGUGGUAUUGAACCUCAGAGAAAGGGAACCCCCAUCUUUUGCUUCCUCCAGGACCAUCUGGGAACCAGCCAUAGCCCUCCCCCACAUCACCCACUCCUCCUCACCUCUUGGUUUCUAUUUCAGUCCAUGAAAUCUAUUUUUACUCAGUAGAUUUAAGUGGGACAGACCCCCACCCCCACCCUCAGUGACUGGGUUGCAUUGGUAGGAGUGUCUUUGUGGUAAUGAUCUGGGUCCUGAAACAAUUUGGGAAGACAGCAGGGCUUUGAAACUGGCUGUAUUUCCUCUUUUUAUGAUGGUUCAUUUUACAUUUUUAUUGGCUCUCCGCUGAUUGCUCCCGGCUCUCUGACGGGAUGUGAGAUGCGCUGACAUUUCUAGAGAUCAAUAUAUUAAUAAAUCACGAAGUUCAUAAUGUCUGAUUUGCUUCUAAAUGAGACAGAACUAUUAUCACCAUAAAGUUGCACAUAAAAUAUGCCCAAUUGUGAUGUAUUGUGUAGUCUAAGCAAAGGCAUUGAGUGAAUAACCUUUCCCCAAAAGAAGGAAACAAUCAAAGCUGAAUAACUUCAUUAAUAAUUCAAGGUGUGUCUGCCAAGGCUUCAUUUAUUAAGUGCACAGUUAAGAGGCUUCCACACUGAGUCCUGGAGAGGAGGCUGGUACCUUGACACUGCCUUCUGCCUCUGGGCAGGCACACACAUUCUCACACAAACUGACUACUGCAGCCCUCACAUUUGGCAGUUCGUGUGCCAGCUAAGGGUAAUGUCCAAUGGCCUUCUCCAGCUAAGAAACCGACCAAGACAAUACAUACAAUGACUGUCUGGAUUAUUAAGGGCAGAGGACACGAAGUCAUGUGAUAACUCCAGGGAGAAAGAGACAGGAAAUUUUCUCGAUGAUUGUCACUUAUUAUGUUUGUUUGCUAAUGCUUCAGGCACUGUUGCUGGUCUCAUUACCCACAGAUACCUUGCCCUGUUCCAUGACCACCUUCGGUAUGAUACUCUUUCAUCUAGAGUCUUGGGUCUGCAAAAGUCAUUACAGUUCAUCUAGACGAUAAUAGGCAUGUUAGCCAGUCAGUAUCCAACCUGAACUGACAAUUGAGUGUCCUUUUAACAGAGUAAAUCACAGAACAAGAAAAUCCCCCUGUAUGGAAAUAAAGUCCAUUUAAUUAACUAGAUCCACCAGGAUACACAUAAUCAUGACCUGCACGGUGUCUAACUAUUUGACCAUUGGAUUCUGCUGUUGAGAAUGCCCUUAAAAUCGCCAUCAUAAUACAAGCAAGGAUUGAAUUAUGCAUUUGGGCACCUGUUGUGCACACAGUCAUUGUACAGACCUUAUCUCACCUAGAUUUACAGCUACAAGGCACAUAGGAUUAUAACUCAUGUUAGUCUAAUAACCAUAUCCCUCCUAGGGACAGUGAGAUGAUCAGAUCAAUUCUAAAACUAUUACUAUGCUCUCUGAGCCCACCAAGCGAGGCACUUAAUACAGCAGACACUCUCUCGGCUACUUCCUAUUACUUCUCUGCUUGAGCUAUCCCGUAUGAUGUGCGGAAGUUUAUGUUUGCACUAGCAACAAGGAGAAGGCUUAUUUUCCUCGAUUACAAGGACUAAGCUGACUGGAUGAAAUUAGCUUUGAUUCUUCAGCAUACCGAUUUGAGAUAGUUGAACAUAUGCCGCAUAUCCUAAAAUAGCAGUGGCCAUAUCCGUGGGCCCCGUUAUCCUGGGGGAUUAUGUUCCCCAAACGAGAACCACUUUACUCCUUCACUUCACAUUGGUAGCUUGGAUCAGGCCAUGCGGAGAAUAAUGACACUAAGGACAUUAAUAAGUGGUAUCCAUCAGGCUUUCUUCCUUCCCAAGAGCAGCUCUUAGACAUUUAAAACCCCACCAAAGCUAACGCUCUGUUUGGAGAACAUCUUCACUUAGCAAGAUGCCAGACUGCUCAGCAGGCUGAAAUAGGGCUCCCCACACCUCACCAAGCCAGUGAGCUUCCAUUGUGAGUAAAUGCUGUGCUCAUCUGAGAUGAAUCCUCUCAGACUCUCACUCUGAGCAGUUUCUUCAAUUCAAUUUCUCUUUAUCCCUUCAAGUCUCCAUCUUAAACUAAAAAAAAAAAAAAAAAUACCCUUCCUGGAGACUUUUCAUUUGCAAUGAAGUGUCAUCUCGGUUUCUUAGUCAAGGGAAGUAAUAAGAACUCACCCAUGUUUUCCUGAUAUUUCCUGCAUAGAGAUCCUAACUCUUACUCUUGAGAUUGUUUUCCCCUACACAGGUCAGCCAUGCUCAUUAACAGGCCAGCUCCACAGGCUGGAAGAUCAGGGUCACCAUCCUGCUGAGUCCGAAGGAGAGCCUGUGGGGGCCUCCUCACUGCCCUCUGAAUGCCAGCUGGUGGUAGGAUUUGAACUUAGUUUGACUAAUUGCCCCCUAGAGCUACGGAGACUGCUGGAACUACUAAGUAAACUGUCAACAAUCUCAUCUCAGGCACUUUUUCUGGACAAAAUGGUUCACUUAAAGCAUCAUCUAGACACUUCUGCCUGUGUCUGCGAAGCUCCAAGGAGGCUGACAAUUCUGACUUGCAGCAUGGCUACAGGUUCAGCUGCAGAAGAUAUUGCUUGGAGACAAAGGGACAUGAUGGGCAUGGCCAGCUCCUCUCCCAGAAGCACCUGGGAGAGUCCUAACAUCUAGACAAAAUCGAGGAUGAGCUAGAGAUGACCAUGGUUUGCCACCGGCCUGAAGGACUGGAGCAGCUUGAGGCCCAGACGAAUUUCACCAAGAGGGAGCUGCAAGUCCUUUACCGGGGAUUCAAAAAUGAGUGCCCCAGCGGUGUGGUCAACGAAGAAACAUUCAAGCAGAUCUACGCUCAAUUUUUUCCUCACGGAGAUGCCAGCACAUACGCCCAUUACCUCUUCAAUGCCUUUGACACCACCCAGACAGGCUCUGUGAAGUUCGAGGACUUUGUGACGGCUCUGUCUAUUUUACUGAGAGGGACAGUCCAUGAAAAACUAAGGUGGACAUUUAAUUUGUAUGACAUCAAUAAAGAUGGCUACAUAAACAAAGAGGAGAUGAUGGACAUAGUCAAAGCCAUCUAUGACAUGAUGGGGAAAUACACCUAUCCUGUGCUCAAAGAAGACACUCCCAGGCAGCAUGUGGAUGUCUUCUUCCAGAAAAUGGAUAAAAAUAAAGAUGGCAUUGUAACUUUAGAUGAAUUUCUUGAAUCCUGUCAGGAGGAUGACAACAUCAUGAGAUCUCUACAGCUGUUCCAAAACGUCAUGUGAUUAAGGACUCUCGCCAUCCUGCCCUCAGAGACACUGAACAAACACCUCGAUGCCCCGAUCUGCCCUCGUUCUGACUUUACACACCAACUCUUGGGACAGAUAUACCUUUUACACUUUGGAAGACUUCUCUGCUGAAGACUUUCUACAAAACCUGGAAUCGUGUGGCUCAGUCUCUGAUUGCCAACUCUUUUCUCCUCACUCCUCUUGAGAGAGACGAGAUGAAACCUGAGUUUGUUUCGGAAGCAUGCCCAUCUCUUCAUGCUGCUGCCCUGUGGAAGGCCCCUCUGCUUGAGCUUAAACAGUAGUGCACAAUUUUAUGCUUACAUGUCCCCAACUCACUGCCUCCAAGGCAGGCAGACCCCAAUGAAUCUGGAAGCCAGAGGACCUGAGCCAAAUGUCCACCAUCCUCUGAUGGCCUCCCAUGCCAAUGUGCCUGUUUCUCUUCCUCUGGGGGAAGAAAGAGUGUUCUACAGAACAAUUAGAGUUUAUUGCAGUAAGAUUGGGAGAGGCAGCACCUAACACAUGUAGAAUAGGACCGAAUUAAUAAGCAUGGUGUCGUCAGAUGACCCAAACUGCCCAUGUCUUUUGUUUCCAGAGGUAGGAACUAAUAAUUCUCCCACACUAGCAUCUGUGCUCAUAGAGCAAGUCUCUUCACAUGUCCAGGAGGAGGACCGCUGCCCAGUGGUCUCUCCCUCCUCUCCAUCCCCUGCUCAAGCCCGGCACUGCAUGUCCCUCCCAGAAAGUCCAGAAUGCCUGCGAAAUGCUGUACUUUUAUACCCUGUUCUAAUCAAUAAACAGAACUAUUUCGUACACUCUCAA